CCUCAAGCGAACGCAAACCACCCGUGAAGGUCAUCUCAAGAACUCGGCAGACCCAACGGUCCACGCUUCAACGUCACCAUGCCUCUCGCCCCUCGUAAUCACAACAAAACUUACAAGGUUCCUCGACGACCAUACGAGGCUCCCCGUCUUGACGCCGAGCUUAAGCUCGCUGGUGAAUUUGGUUUGAGGAACAAGCGUGAAAUCUGGCGAAUUGCUUUGACCCUUUCCAAGAUCCGUCGUGCUGCUCGUGAACUCUUGAAACUUGAAGACAAGGACCCCAAGAGGCUGUUCGAAGGAAACGCUUUGAUCCGUCGAUUAGAUGAGAUGGAUUACGUGUUGGCCUUGAACAUCGAGGACUUCAUGGAACGCCGUCUCCAAACCCAGCUUUUCAAGUCUGGAUUGGCCAAAUCCAUCCAUCACGCUCGAGUCCUCAUCCGUCAACGUCACAUCCGUGUCGGUAAACAGAUUGUCAACGUUCCCUCUUUUGUUGUACGACUCGACAGUCAAAAACACAUUGACUUUGCCCUCACCAGUCCUUACGGUGGAUCAAGAGCUGGACGUGUCAAGAGGAAACGGGCAAAGAAGGCUGAUGCUGGUGAAGAGGCCGGUGAAGAAGAUGAGGAAUAG